GAUUAAAAUCUUCAUAGGUCAACAAGUGUGAGGUGGGUUAGAAAAAAUUUAGAUGGAAGAGAUGAAGAAUGAGAACGAGUCUAAUGAAAGGCAAGAUCCUUUAGCAAACUUUUCUCAUUCCUCUUCAACCAAAAAUAAAAAAGGAGGAUGGAAAUCUGUCAAAUACAUUCUUGGAAAUGAGACAUUCGAGAAAUUAGCUUCAAUGAGUUUGAUUGCCAAUUUAGUUGUACUUGUAUACAUGCAUACACAAUACAACAUGGAUACAACAUUUUCAGUUGAGGUUUUCAACAUUUGGUCUGGUUUAGUAAAUUUUAUUCCAUUAGUAGCUGCUUAUAUUGCAGAUGCUUAUGUUGGAAAGUUUCAUAUGCUUAUAUUUGGCGGCAUAGCUUCACUUCUGGGUAUGGGAUUCAUGUCUCUAGGUGCUGGUCAUUCAUCAUUAAGACCUCCAAGUUGCCCUACUCUUUCGGAUUGCAUAAAACCGACAGGUGUGCAACUCAGUAUCCUAUACUUGGGACUUGGAUUUUUCGCAAUAGGUUCAGGAUGCCUAAGACCAUGCAAUAUUGCCUUUGGAGCCGAUCAAUUCGAUACAAAAACCGCAAAAGGAAAAGCUCAGUUAGAGAGCUUUUGCAAUUGGUGGUAUUUUUUAUUCACAGUAGCACUUUUGAUAGCUCUGACCGGCGUUGUCUACAUUCAAACCAAUGUAAGCUGGUUUAUUGGUUUCAUCAUUCCAACGGGGUGUUUCACCGUCUCAUUAACCAUCUUCUUGUUGGGACAAUGCACUUAUAUCAAGUUGAAGCCGAAAGGAAGCGUCUUAAGCGACUUGGUGAAAGUAAUUGUUGCUUCAAUUAGAAAACAUCACAUUGAUAUCAAGAAAGAUUCUGAACUCUCAUUUUAUGAUCCACAAUUAUCUUCUAAUGAGUCAGAAGAUUCAAGAAAUGUGAAACUUGCUCAUACAAAUAGGUUCAGAUAUCUUGAUAAAGCCGCGGUGAUUACAAACCAAAAUGAAAUUGACAGCAAUGGAAAUUCAAUUGAUAAUUGGAGAUUAUGCAGUUUACAACAAGUGGAAGAAUUGAAAGCAAUAUUAUCCACUUUACCAAUUUGGUUAGCAGGAAUUGGAUGUUUUAUUUCAAUGGGACAAGCAAAUUCAUAUGGAAUUUUACAAGGAUUACAAAUAGACAGAUCAAUUGGAACAAAAUUCAUUAUUCCACCAGCUUGGAUGGGAUUAGUACCAAUGAUUUUUCUUUCAUCAUGGAUUGUGCUUUAUGAAAAAAUCUACAUCCCUUUCACUAAAACAGCUACCUCUAAUGGUAAAAGAUUGUCAAUUGGUCAAAGAAUAACAAUAGGAAUUAUUUUUUCCAUUGUUGGCAUGGUUGUAUCAGGACUGAUUGAAGUGCGUCGCCGCGACAACGCAUUGAAACACGGAACAUUUCAAUCACCUACAAGAAUUUGGUGGCUUAUUCCACAAUUUGGUUUAUCUGGUUUGGUUGAAGCAUUUGCCGCAAUUCCUAUGAUGGAGUUAUUGACAUCAUAUUGGCCUGACAGUAUGAAGACAUUAGGCGGUGCUGUGUUUUUUCUAAGCUUAAGCAUUGCAAGUUGGUUGAGCAAUCUUCUUAUAAAGAUUAUUGUGGCUUUAACAAAAGAAAAUGGUGGACCACAAUGGUUAGGAGGUAAUGAUUUGAAUAAGAAUAGGCUUGAGCAUUAUUACUACACUAUCGCUGCAUUCGGAGUCUUGAAUCUGUUGUAUUUCGUGUUCUUUGCUCGUCGGUUUUUGAGUAGUGAUGUGCUACAAAGACAGACUCGGAGUGAAGCAAGGGAUUCAGACCUUUCAACUUUUUCAGAGCUAUGA